AUGAGUCCAAGUAAUUCCUUGAAGUCGUUAUAUAACCCAACCCAUGUGCUCGUAAGUAAUGACACACGCAACUUUUUCUCUUGCAAAAAAUGGCAUCGAUGCUUCUCUGGGAGGCAAUCUCACAGGAGGAGAAGUCAAGGAACACUUUCGGAUCACUCCCUCACCUGGACUGCCCACCCAUUACUGCCGUUCAGUUACAUUUGGAAAGACCAUUUUUGA